CACUCGCUGCCUGCCCCGCCAGCCCACCCUCGUUCGCGGUCCACCAUGGCAGUGACGGCCAACCAGGUCAUCUACUACCUCAAGAAGGCCUUCAAGUUCUACCAACGGUGGCAGAAGAAGCACAAGCAGAGCCAGGGCCAGCAGCAGCAGCAGCACGGCUACCCGCAGCAGGGCCAGUCGCCGUACCCGGCCCAGGCGCCGCACCAACAGCCGUACCAGUCGUCGCCCUACCCUCAAGCCGGCCAUGCCCCUCAGCAGCACCACCAGCAGGGCGGCUACGGCGCGCACGAUGGUCGACCCACUAACACCGACAUGGCCAACGCGCAGAACUCGCAGUACGUCGAGCUGCGCAACCUCGCCAUCCGCGAGGGCGACCUCAUGGCCAAGGCGUUCAGCGCGUCCAAGCAGGCCUACACGGCGGGCGACGGCGCGUCGGCGCACGACCUGAGCGUCCAGGGCAAGGAGCACCAGCGCAACAAGGACCGCUACAACGACCAGGCCGCCGCGUGGAUCUUCAACGAGAACAACAAGGUGCAGCCGCCCGGGUCGAUCGACCUGCACGGCCUGUACGUCCAGGAGGCGAUCGAGUACACGGAGCGGGCCAUUGCGGACGGGCGCAACAAGGGCAUGCCGGAGCUGCGCAUCAUCGUCGGCAAGGGCAACCACUCGCCGUCGCACGUCGCCAAGAUCAAGCCCGCCAUCACCGACCUCAUGCAGCGCGAGCACCUCACGGCGACGCUCGACCCGCACAACGGCGGCGUCCUCGUCGUGCAGCUCCAGGGCCAGGGCGGCGGCAAGGGCAGCGGCCAGUUCUUGCGCGAGCUCGAGGGCAGCAAGGACAACGACUGCGUCGUCAUGUAGAGCGGCUCGCUGGUCGAGCAGGAGCACGGGUCACUUAUCA